GUCCGAGGGCACAUUGGCGGAAGAAGUGCAACUGGAAGCGGAAGCCCCGCCCAUCGCAGGCGAGACUUCCGGCUGUAACCGCUUGCAGCGGCUUCUGCUGACGGAGUCGGAACCGGCGGAGCUCAGGAUGGUGUUGCUCGAGAGCGAGCAGUUCCUGACGGAGCUGACCAGGCUCUUCCAGAAGUGCCGGUCGUCGGGCAGCGUGUACAUCACCCUGAAGAAGUAUGAUGGUCGCACCAAACCCACUCCACGGAAGAGUGCGGUGGAGAGCGUUGAGCCCGCAGAAAACAAGUGUCUGUUGAGAGCUACGGAUGGGAAAAGGAAGAUCAGCACCGUGGUGAGUUCCAAAGAAGUGAAUAAGUUUCAGAUGGCCAUGUUCUGGAUUCCAGGCCUACUCAAACCUACUGAGAGCUAACAUGGAUGGGCUGAAGAAGAGGGACAAGAAGAACAAGAGUAAGAAGACCAAACCGGCACAGUGACAGGCGUGGCCAUUGCCAACCAGCUGAAGGGCAGUUUCCUGUGUUGCUGCUUUUGGCACCUUCUGUAUGUAACUGUUUUCAUGUAAGGGUUGUUUUCAGAGGGAAGGGUUGGAUGAUCAACCCUUCUAAACUGAUGAGAAGCCAGUUUGUUUUUAGAUCUUCGGUGUAUGGCUGGAUAUUCUGAGACUCCAGUCUUCCAGUGUCUAGUCAUCUUUGAAGAACUGUGCAUCACCAAGUCCAUCCGUGCUGUUUCUUUGCUUACCCUGUUUCUGACAGUGACUACUAACUCUAGGAUGAUACAGUUACUCAAUGGUUUUUGCCUGUCUUUGAGAAUCUGUAAUAGAAAUCUGACAGUUUUAUUAAAAGUCAUUUUAUCCUGUG